AUGAUUCAACAAGAAAUUUUUCACUCUCCAUGGCCAUUAGUUUAUGAAGACAUAAACUCAUCAACUUUUGAUCAUCAUCAUCAUCAUCAUCAUCAAGUUGUUGAUCCAUAUAGCUUCACCAUGGUAAACCAUGUUGAUGAUGACUAUAUUCCAUAUGGCUUCAUCAUGGAUGACCAUGUUGAGAAGUUUGAUCCAUAUGGCAUCAUCAUGGAUGACCAUGUUGAGAAGUUUGAUCCAUAUGACAUCAUCAUGGAUGACCAUGUUGAUGAUUAUGAAUUCAAUACUCUAUUAAGCACCUCAGAUAGUACUACUCUCUCUGAAAUCUCCAUAUUCACCAAUGAUCAUAUCCAAUUUCCAAUUGAACAAGAAACCUUAGAACUUCCAUCACUAAUGGAAUUUGAAUCUUUUCAUUCAAUUUUGUGUCCCCAAAUUGUUGAUAUUCAAGAUCAUGAAUAUCAAGAAGAGACUGAAGCAAGCUUCCCUUCACAAAAUCUUUCCUAUGAUGAACGGAGUCCAACACAAUCAAUGAAAUCAGAUUUUUCCUCAACACAACAAUCACUUAUUCUUCCACAAGAAAACAUGGAAAUUGACAACAAAGUGAUUCUUCCACACUUGAUGGAAGCACAUGGAGAGGCUUUGGAGAAAGGACAAAAAGCACUAGCAGAAGUUAAUUUGAAGUGUAUAAGCCAAAAAGUCACUCCACUUGGUGAUUCUCUUGAAACUCUUGCAUUUUAUUUGUCACAAAAAGUGACAAAUCAUGAAGAUCAUCUCAAAGGGGAAGCUCUCAAGAAUUUUGAAGAAGCUUUUAAGGUAAUUUAUCAAGGUAAUCCAAUUGGAAAAAUUGCUCAUUUUGCAGCUAUUUCAUCUAUUCUUGAGGCUGCUAUGUUAGAAGAUUGUGAUGAGAUCCACAUAAUAGAUUUUUGUAUUGGAAAUGGUGUUCAAUGGCCUUUUUUAUUGGAGGCUGUUUCAAAAAUGAAGAAAAGAUUGAAAUUGACAUCAAUUAAAUGGAGUGAUGAAAGUUCUGAAUCUGUUUGGAAUUUUGAGGAUACCAAAAGGGAACUAUAUGAUUAUGCUAAAUCAUGUGGUUUGAAAUUGAAGGUAGAGGAAAAAGAAUUGGAAGAGUUGGUUAGUGAGAUCAAAAGAAUGAACAAAAGGGGUUUGAAGAAAGAGUUUUUGGCUUUUAAUUUGAUGCUUGGUCUUCCUCAUAUGGGAAUGGUAAGAAGCAGAAGAAAAAGUGCUUUUGAGUUUUUGAAAGUAGCUGAGGAUUUGAUCAUGAACUAUGGUAGCAAGGGAAUGAUUACUUUUGGUGAUGGUGAUGCAUUUGAAAACAUAAAAAAUAGUAUGAAUUUUAAGUCAUUUUAUGAAGGGAAUUUGAUGCAUUAUAAGGCCUUGUUGGAAUCAAUUGAGUCUCAAUUUUCAGAAAAAUUCUCAGAAGCAAGAAUUGCAUGUGAAGUGUUGUUUGUUGCACCUUGUAUAUCUUCUCUUGAUUGGUUACAAACAUGGGAAGAGAUGAAAAGGGAUGGUAAUUUUGAGGUUGAGUUUAGCUUGGAAGGUGGAAGAUUGAGCAAAAAUGUUUUGAUGGAAGUAAGAGAAGUUUUGAGAGGAAGUGGAAGUUCAUAUGAGACAAGAAUUGAAGGACAGAAUGAGAAUGAACUUGUUUUGGAAUGGAAAGGAACUCAAUUAUUAAGAUUUUCAAGUUGGAAAAACUAA